UAAGGUUGCAUUUGGCACUCCUUAACUGCGAUAAGUCCUAAAAAUAAGGAAUGCCAAAUGCAGCCUAACCGGCAACGUUUUGGGAAGAAACGCCUACUCUCUCGAACAAGAUCCAAAACACAGGGGAUCAAGAAUCUCUCUGCCUGUCGAUCUAAACAGCUAAACUCUAUGUUUUAACCGGUGUUGGUUGGUAUCAUGAUUCGUGACCCUGAGUCGCAGAUUCACUAACAUGAUAAUUGGUUUGAAUGUGAUCGGAUCAUGGAACUUAUUAUUUUAUUAGUUCUUGACGUCGUCACUGACGAACGAAGAUUCGGACCAGUCGAUCUGCUACAAACCAGAGAAAAAUCGAAAUUACAGAAAAAGAAAAAUCUCCACACAAAGAUGAGAGAACCGAUGGAGCUAUAGAGAAAUGACGUGGCAUGAGGAUGUGCCAACCCGACUUCCCUCUGCCUGCGGCUCUGCCCCCACCACACACAGUCCGUCUCUCACACACCACCUAUAUAAAGAGCCAGCAGACCGCCAAGCGUUUCCAAUUCUCCAUGCUUUCUUCAUUCAAUUCAAUACGUGAUACAACACAACUCUUCUUCUGGGAUUCUCAGCAUUGGUAGACAACUGAGUCUGCUCCAAGGAACAAUAAGUUCAUCUGUUUUCGGUUUAUAGUAUGGAUGAUAUUGAAUCAUGCACUAGACCCCUCGGUAGAGGGUCUGUCUUCUGCUAUGGUGUUGGCCACAUGCUUAAUGACGUGACAGCUGCCUGUUGGUUUACUUAUCUAUUGGUGUUUCUCACAGAUAUAGGACUGCCUCCAAGGGAUGCAGCUACUAUUAUGCUUUCUGGUCAAAUUGCUGAUGGAUUUGCUACUAUAUUUUCUGGAGAGCUGAUUGACAGGUUUGGACAUUUCAAAAUAUGCCAUAUUGCGGGAUCAGUUCUGGUUGCUAUUUCCUUCUCUUCUGUUUUUGGUGUUUGUGUACCUUGUAAAAUCUUUAAGACCGAUUCAGCUACAAUGGAAACAGUUGGUUACAGCAUUUUUGCUGCAAUUUUCAAUGUGGGUUGGGCUGCUACUCAAGUUUCACACAUGUCUAUGGUAAAUUGCAUGACGCUGAAUCCAACAAGCAGAGUUGCGCUAGCUAGCUGUAGAAAUGCUUUUACAAUGGUGGCCAACCUCAGCCUAUUUGCUGUUGCUUUAGCUGUUUUCAACUUGAGUAAACCCAAGACACCUGUGGAUAUUGAAAACCAGUACCGCUGGAUUGCAUAUUUGUCAAUUCUUAUUGGUUGCUGUUUCGUGGGCAUAUUUCUUGUUGGAACCAAAGAACCAAGAUUGAGGCAAGAAAUAGAGGGGAAAAGUCUCCAUAGGAUUUCAUGGAAAGACUGGUUCAAGAAAGUUCUAUACUACCAAGUUGCUCUUGUGUAUAUGCUAACUCGACUAGUAACAAAUGUUUCACAGGCACUUCUUGCUUUUUAUGUCAUUAAUGACCUACAAAUGGCUCAAUCAUCCAAGGCUAUAGUACCUGCCAUCAUCUACAUUUUCAGUUUCGUGGUAUCCGUCAUUUUACAGGAGAUGAAAUGGACUGGCCAGCGUAUCAAAGCCUUCUUUACUGCAGGAGGCAUUCUUUGGAUAUUUUCUGGUGCAGGAAUUUUUCUUCUUCCAAGUAGCCUGCACAAUUUGAUGUACCUCUUGUCAGUAAUUAUUGGUGUUGCCAAYGCUUUAAUGACGGUGACGGGAAUAAGCAUGCAGAGUGUUUUAGUUGGGGAAGAUAUUAAUGGUUCUGCAUUUGUUUAUGGGUCAUUGAGCUUCUUGGACAAAGUGUCAUGUGGAAUUGCCUUAUAUGUUAUUGAAUCCUAUCAAGAUUUCUCCAGCAUUGGUAGUUUAUCCAUUACAAGAUAUGGUUUGAGUCUCAUCACUGCUUCUUGUGCACUUCUUGGGGUGUUGGUCACAUACACCAUAAACUUGGAAACUCCCAAUUUGAAACAUUUAACAGAACCCCUCCUGGCUUAAUGUUGAUAAGGCUCCAUUGAUUACAUUUCACCAUGUGCAGCACAACUUGGUAUCAUGCUUCGUAGUUGAAACUGGAAAGUGAAGCACUGAAAUGGACAAACCCCUAUUUUCAGUUGUUUUCAUAACAUAAAGUUUCCAUUUAUGGGGAGGAACUGAGGCAAGUACAGUUAUUAAAGAGAGUAUUAAUAAUUAAAUUUGAACUUCUCGUUCAAAUGAAUUCUGAGGUCAGGCAACUUCUUUCUGCUGCUAGCCAGGAGUCAGGUUAGCUACACAGAUUUGUUUUUAGACUCUUCUAUGUAUUCCAGAGUUGUUCUUUCAUCCUGUUUUGCCCCCAAUCUUUUUCACUUUUUCUUUCAUGUUGUCAUUGAAAGAGCAAAUAUUAGAGUGCUUGGUCAAGAAGAGAAAGAGGGAAGAGUUGGUUUUGGAACACGUUAAGUACUAUAUACUAUGGUCUUCUUUGAAGCUGUGAUAGCCGUGUACAGGAAUUUGGACACCAGUAAGAUUCAUUAAUAAGAUGAUCAUUUGUAACUUGUGGUGUUUUUUUUUUUUUUUUUUUUUUGAUAUUCAACAGGGAAAGAUGAAUUGUAUUCAAUGUAAAACUAGGAGCCCAUGUUGUCUAUAGCCAUACGGCAGGGAGAGUAAAAACAGUUGAGUUAGCUGACAAAUUGUAAAGUCUUUUCCCAUAAUGUUCAUUGACCAGCAAAAUACAAGCUAUGGUAAAGGAACACUGUUUAGAAACUAAACUU